AUGAAGUUUGGCUCCUGGGCUCUGAUAGCCUUGUCAGGGCGCGGUCUCGCCGACACCAUUGUGUCAUUGAACAGUGCUGUCGCCAACUGUCCACCACUGGGAGCAGUUCUGCCAGCGCCUAAGAAGCCAUCCGCGGACGCGACAGUCCAAAAAGUCUUGUCUCAACUCGACGAAUUGAAAGAAGAGGUCGGCGCAGCGCUGCUCGGGAACGCAACGGCACUGUCACUUUCAGUCUCAUCCGCCUAUGAAGAUGGUAUUCUUGCCAAUCUGUCAUACACCCCGGAGCUAUACAACACCACAGGGACACAUACGGUAACUGGUGAUACUGUUUUCAGGAUAGCAAGCGUCAGCAAGGUCUUCACCGUCCUAGCACUACAUAUGCUGGGCGACAAGAUUAGCUUUGCAGACCCCAUCACUAAAUAUGUGCCGGAACUAAACCGGAUCAAGGCGCAGCAAAGCAUGGAUAACCGUGUUACGACACCUGAUUGGAAACGCAUUUCUCUUGAUGCCCUAGCUACUCAGCUGGCAGGAGUUGGAAACAACUUGGGAGACGACCUGGCCAACAACCCUGCUUUGAACCCGACACAGUACGGCCUUCCGGUAUUAACACCAGAAGAACAUAGUGAAUGUGGCGAUCUGCCUUCAUCGCCAACAUGUACCUGGCAGGAUUUCUGGAACGAUUUUGGUAAAUUACAUCCAACAUACGGUCCAUAUACUACGCCAGCAUACAGUGAUGCAGCAUACGAUAUCCUAGGCCUAGUGAUCGAGCGUGUAUCGAAUCAAUCAUACGGAGACUUCAUCCGGCAAAGAAUCUUUGCACCCCUUAACAUGACGCGCUCUUUUGUUACCAAGCCUGAAGACGAUAGCAUAGGCUUCAUCUCUAACGAGGCCAACUUCUGGAGUACGUCAUUGGGAUUUGAAGAAGCUGAUGGUGGUUUUUACUCCUCCUCAAACGAUCUUGCCAAGUUCGGCCAGGCCAUCCUGAGUUAUAAGCUUAUUGAUGAGGACACAACCAAAGCCUGGCUCAAGCCACGUACACAUACAUCCUCUCUAGGAAUCUCUGUCGGCGCGCCGUGGGAGAUCGGGCGCGCCAACAACCUUACUGUCGAUGGUCGCGUAAUCGACAUCUACGGCAAAAUCGGUGGUUUGACUGAUUACAACACCUGGUUCAUCGUUAUCCCUGACUACGGACUGACCCUGUCCCUGAUGACGGCUGGCCCAGAGUCCAGCCUAGGAACGCAAGUGGUGAUCGCAACUGAGGUCCUCAAGCCGCUCGUCAGAGCCAUCGAGGCAGCUGGCAAGGUCCAAGCAAACGCUACCUUUGCUGGCACAUACGCUAACAGUCAGACGAACAGCAGCAUCACGCUGGAAGUCGACGAUGAGUCGGGGCUACACGUGCAGAGCUGGCUUAUGAAUGGUCAAGACAUUCUAGAAACAUAUCCCAUCUUCUCCUCAGGCGCGGCAUCAUACUUAUCGGUGCGUCUGUUCCCUACCGGCUUGGAGAGCAGCAAUUCCUCGGCCUGGCGCGCCGUUUACAAUACCUUGGACCCGUCAGAGGUUCCGGCAGAGGACGAGUUGUCGUUCAUAUUACAGUUUGCCUGCCAUAGUUGGGAGCUUAUAGAUAAUGUGGUUUACGGAUAUAAUGGCCUGGAUGAUUUCGUGUUUGGGUUCAACAACGGUUCUUCUGCGACGAGCAUCACACCGCGGGCCUUCCGGCAGACACUCAUGCGAGCCGAUAUCCGAGAUACCAACCGGGAGAUCCUCCAAGCCGAGUCUCUCGACAUUUGUUCUCUUUUGCACAUUUUCUUCGCUCUGCGACAGUCCACUCGAUUCCAAAAGCCUUCAUCUAAACUUCUGACGCACGAGGUUACGGUCAAAACGUCCCGAGCAGGGCAGAUAAACCGGUAUUUCCUCUCGGCCGAAAGUAUGGCCAGUCAACCUGGUGACUACGCUGCUGUGCGCAAAGACAUCGCCGCCCAGCUCAAUAAGCCCGGUUAUGAUGAUGGUAGCGCAGGGCCUGUUUUUCUCCGUCUAGCAUGGCACUCCGCUGGCACGUAUGAUCUCGAGACAGACACAGGUGGAUCGAAUGGAGCGGGCAUGCGAUACGAGGCCGAAGGCGGAGAUCCCGCAAAUGCAGGACUUCAGGUUGCGCGUACUUUUCUCGAACCGGUGAAAGAACGACAUCCGUGGAUUACAUAUGCCGAUCUCUGGACACUGGCAGGCGUGGUUGCGCUGAAGGAAAUGGGUGGUCCGGAUGUGAAGUGGUUGCCUGGAAGAACCGACUACGUCGAUGAUAGCAAGCUGCCACCACGCGGUCGUUUACCCGAUGCGGAACAGGGAGCUGAUCACUUGCGACAAAUAUUCUAUCGCAUGGGGUUCAAUGACCAGGAGAUUGUCGCGCUAUCGGGAGCACACAACCUAGGGCGUGGACAUAUGGAUCGGAGCGGCUACGAUGGUCCGUGGGUGAACAAUCCGACUCGAUUCUCCAACCAAUUUUUCAAACUACUUCUGAACCUCGAAUGGAAACCGCGUACGCUGUCAAACGGAUUGAAGCAAUUCAGUUAUAGUGACCCUGAACUACCUGAAGACGAGAAGGAGGAGCCUUUGAUGAUGUUACCCACUGACAUGGUGCUUGCAUCCGACCCAGCGUUUUCGCCAUGGGUCAAGAAAUAUGCCGACGAUAAGGACCUUUUCUUUAAAGACUUUGCUAAGGCGUUUGGCAAGCUGCUAGAGCUUGGAAUCAAGCGUGAUGAACAGGGCAAUGUGACGAAUACUGAUAAUGUUCUUGGCGGAUACAUCUCAGCUCCAAAGAAGAGCAAUACGCCCCAGGGGAAGCCAGGGGCCCAAGGGCAGCACUGCGUGGCUAAGGCGAAGCUGUGA